GCCGGGGAAACUUUUGGUUGGUUGUUGCCCGUGGGGUCACUCCCGGGAGGGGACACGGAAGUUGGCUAUGGAAGAGCCUUCCAGGGCCCGAGAACCCCGGGCACGACCAAGAGAGCGGGACCCGGACCGGCACCUCCGCCCGAACCGAGACCACCAAGCCGAGCGACAGAGAGACAAGCCCAGAGACAGGCGUCGGGAGCGAGAGUGGGACGUGCGGCGGAAUGCGGACCAGCCAGGGGAUCGGGACCGAGGGAGAGAUCCCCGCCAAGACAGACACAGGGCAGGGAGUCAUCGCCCAGAUGAACAAAGAGUUUGGGGAAAGUCCAGCCAAAGCCAGACGCGGGCUGGACCCCCAGGGUCGAGCUGGGAGGCGGCCCCGCCCCCCUGGCCCUCGCCCUGGAAAACCCCGGAGCCUGAGCCGUGGCCCAUGAAAAAGCAGGACUUUGAGCGCCGGGCACCCGACAGUGAACGUGCUUCAGGAAGAUAUGUGCCCUCGCACCCCAGGCACGGAGGAGAGGAAGUGGAAUACUAUCAGUCAGAGGCUGAGGGACUCCUGGAAUGCCACAAAUGCAGAUACCUGUGUACUGGGCGAGGUGUGGUACAGAUCCUGGAGGUGAUACUGAAUGGGAUGGUUCUCAUAUGUAUCGUGGCCUCCUACUUUGUCCUUGCUGGUUUCAGUGCCAGCAUCACCAGCGGCGGUGGAUUUGGGAACAACUACUACUCACCAUUUGAGGGCACUGAGCUGGAGCAGGUUCGGCAGCUAGACCAGAAGUACACGAUCCUGCGGUCACCCCUGAUAUACAGUGGGGUGGCCGUUUCUCUGGGCCUGGGCGUUCUCACCAUGGGCGUUUUACUCCAAGGAGCCAAGAGUCUAACAAAGCUGCCUGGGAAGUGGCUCCUCAUGGAGGCUGCCUUCAGUCUCCUAGCGGCAGUAGGCUACUGCAUAGGCAUUGGCAUCUACCUCCACGUAGCUCUGAGGAUCAACUCCACAGACACCUGCAAAACAAGAGAGAGGCUCUAUGCCCGCAGGGGUCUCACCUGGAUGAACUGCCAGCUGGCAGGCACUGAUGGAGCAGCAGCCACCUUUGCUUGUCUUCUUGUGAUUUUAUACGGUGCCAGCAUAGUGCUGGCCUUAAGGAGCUACCGAGAACAGAAACACUACAAAGACAGUCGCUAUCAGCUUCGAAAUGACAGUGGCCCACCACAAUACCUGUGGUCUGAAACACUUUGA